AUGUCCCUUCCACACCCAUGGCAGUGUCACAGCUUUCCAGACAGCGGCAGGGAGCAAUCUCCCAAGGAGGGUCCCCUGCCACCUGCGGUGCUCUCGGGGUCCGGCCCUCGUCGCAGUCCUGGCAUCAGGGAUGCUGCUAAGAGAAAGCGGGUGGACGAGAGGCUGGGAACGAUUGAUAGAGAGUUUGAGGAGGCGGCUAGGAGUGAAGGCAGAGAAUGUGGAGACACGGUAUGCGCUAGGUUUGGUAGCACUUCAAACAGGAGAGCAAAAUACAGCAGUGAAAGGAUUGAUCCUGUUCUUGAACCCUUAACGUGCGCUGCAGAGCACCUGUUUAAUUUGAAGUUUGCGGCAAAGGAACUCAACAGGAACUCAAAAAAAUGCGACAAAGAAGAAAAGGCUGAGAAAGCUAAAAUUAAGAAGGCAAUUCAGAAGGGCAACAUGGAAGUCGCACGAAUACACGCGGAAAAUGCAAUCCGCCAGAAGAAUCAAGCCAUCAAUUUCUUGCGCAUGAGUGCCAGGGUAGAUGCUGUAGCAGCAAGAGUUCAGACCGCGGUGACAAUGGGCAAGGUAACAAAGUCGAUGGCAGGGGUAGUUAAGUCUAUGGAUGCCACGCUGAAGAGCAUGAACCUGGAAAAGAUAUCUGCACUAAUGGAUAAAUUCGAGCAUCAAUUUGAAACACUAGAUGUUCAGACACAACAGAUGGAAGACACAAUGAGCAACACUACUACGCUAACAACGCCACAAAACCAAGUGGAUAUGCUUCUACAGGAAAUGGCAGAUGAAGCAGGUCUUGAUCUGAACAUGGAACUACCUCAAGGACAGACAGGUUCUGUUGGUACAAGCGUUGCCUCAGCAGAACAGGAUGAGCUGUCACAGAGACUGGCCCGCCUACGUGAUCAAGUUUAAGUUAAACAAAGCUGCAGUUCUUUGUACGUGCUUUCAAAAUACCCUGUCUGUAACUAACCCUUCACUACACUAGAAAGGUGUAUACAGUAUGGCUUAGGUGUUUGAAUAUUUGUAAUAUAGGGUACUUCACUCCUAGCUUGCUGCUCUUUCUAAAUACAUAAAGUAACCCAAAAGUAUCAGCUCUCUAAUGUCCUUUUCUGUACAUUUUGAAGUUGAUAUAUUUUUCGCAAGCUUUUUUCACAAAAUCAAGUUGAUAUUCAAAGUCAGCGAGUAAUGUUGGUACAUUCUAGCUACAAGAAAAGCAGAGUGUCAUUGAUAUAUAUUUUAAAUUAUGAAGUGAUUUUUUUAAAUUAUGAGAACUGUUUAUGGUUGGAGAACUGAUGUGUUCAGUUCAGAUGACUGUUGCAGACAACUUUCUUACACAGCCAAACUCCGGGAACACGCAGAGGCCAACAGUGUGGACUUCAUGGAACAUACGUUUGUUAAAUAAGUGGACUUCAGUCGGGGUUUUUUAGUCUUUUAAAGCUAGGGUAAUUGUGCUGAAAUGAGUUGUUUCAGUUAAGAAAUGAGUUACCAAAAGCUGUUUUCGUAUAAUUGGGAACUUGUACAGUGUCAUCACUUUAGUACAGGAGGAAUAAAAUACAUUUUUCAACUCUCUGUCAGUUCUGUUGAAUGUUGCAGCUUGCGUGUUUAAUGUCAAGUGCUGUAGCUUCUCUGUUUUGCUUUCUUCUCGGUAUCCUGGGCUGCAGCCAGUUAUGCCGCGCGCCUCAAUUUCUACCAACGUAACAUCUAGUUCCUGUUAAUAGGGAAGUCGUGCUAUCCGUUUAUUUUUAUUUUUUUUUUUAGGCUCAGGCUGAGAAGCCUUACAUGAAGUAACUGAAGCCUGGUUUUCUCCAUCCCUUCUCACCCUAUCUUUGCUUUUUCUCUAGUCACUUUUUUAUACGUAAAGGCAAGUCUCCUGCUCGUAUUCCACGCUUCGAUGUUCUUCCAUGUAUGAGAAAUACAGAAGUGCUCUUCCUCAGGUUCAGAUCUUCACAGUCCUCCUUCACGAAUCAAGGUCCCAACCCUUAGGGCUUCUUCGGACUCCCUUAGGUCAGCUUUUCCUCCUCCACCCCACGCGACAGGCGAGUAGUGGAUGAGUCGAGCCGGCCAGCUCAGUCGAAGGGGCAAGCUGCUAGAUGUAGCCUCAGCUGUGUUGGACUGAGAAGGGCUACUUCAUUUUGUAACGGGGUAAUAUUGCUCUCUGCAGAUAAAGUAACAUGAUUUGUAAUAUUGCAGCCGCGUGGAGAAGCUGGUUUGUCUUAGUGAUCCCUUUAACCCGUUACAUUUCUGCACAGCGAGAGGGGAAUCUACCGGCUGCUUUCGGUAGCUUCAAACUCUGGCUGCAGUUGUGAAGUUAAGAAAUGGUUGUAGAAAUUUGUAGCUGAGGCUACUUGUGAGGUGUUGUGAUAAACAGUGGUGUUAAAAUCUCCUUUCUGACUUUUUGGGCUUGUGUUUUUGUCUUAACCUUUGCAGGGGUGAGGGAAGGCGUGAAGCACUAGGCUUAGAAUUAGCUCUUAAUUCUCUGGUGUUCAGGAUCACGUGGGGGUUCCGGUGUUGGGGAAAAAUUUAAGAAAAAAAUUACUUUGUUUUUUUUAGUCAAGCAGGAUUUUUUCAGUGAAAACAUGCAAAUAUGAUUAAACAUUUCAGAGCGGUUUCAAACGAGAUUUAGAAUGUGUUAUUCAAAUAGCUUUGAAGGUUUAGCAGGAUGUUACAUAGUGAAGUGUUCAAGGCUACUGUUAAGAUAUGGAAAUAAGAUAGACAAAACAACCUCAAAUGUUGUGGAAUUGUGUAUCUCACACUGGCAGCCUAAACAAAACCAAUUUGUUUAAAAUGUGGUCUUUUCACUUGUUUAUGUUUCUUUUUGAUGCAGCUUUCUUUAAACAUCUUGAAUGUUCCUCCUGUAAGGAGGAGAAAUUGGAAGAUGUUUCAAAACCAUGUAUUCGCAUCGGUAGUCUUGGUACAAUCCUUGCAGACUUAAUAAAACAUCUUAGGAAAAGGACUAAAUACUGCAUUUUCUUUUUUCUCCCUAGCUCCUUCUGAACAGUAUAGCAAAACCAAAAUGCUAAAUCUAUGCAACCAGGUUACCCACAGCUGUGGUAACCGCGUGUGUGCGUGCCUUUGCCUUGCUGAACUUACUUCAUUUUUUUUUUGAUAUUCAGUUACUUCGUGUUGUGAUAGGAUUGGAAACUUACGGUUGAGUAGUAAAUCCACAUCUUGAGUUUACGUUGUGGUUGCUUGUUGGUGGAGCUGUGCCAUAAAGAACUGAGGUUUUCAGUGUUUGAUACCGGACGACUUCAGCUGGCUUGUCUGGCUUCUUUUAAUGUUGAAGAUUAUGUUGCUUUUAGACUGUUCCUGGCCAUUCUUAAACGUUUCGAGGGGAUAGAUGGCAAUUCUGAGCCCCGUGGGUUUGAUUUGCUGAGUGUGUUGCCUUGCCGUGAGCCUUGGGGCUUUGGAGGAAUUUAAAAAUAAAGGGAGAUGAGACUGAUUGGGUUGCUGCAAGGUAAAGGUUAAAUAAGUUUCUCUUGCUGGCCGUACACAGCCUGUUUUGUAGUUCUGGUCUUAUCCCAGGCUUGGUAACUCCAGUACCAGAAUAGAUUUCCAGUAUCAUUUUUUUAAAGGGAUUACCAAGUAAAUGUAAAGGCUUGAUUGACAUAAUUAACGUUACCUCUGCGGGACCACGAUGCAGAGAGGCAGGCAGGCUUUGCUGGCUUGGGGAAGAAAUCGCGUGUUCAAAACGAUGCAUUCUUGCCCUGCUGACUUCCCUCUCUGAGAAUUGCUGCGUAGUUCAGCGGGGCCAGGAUUUUGUGUUGGUUACUUCUGUGUACAAAUCUCCUGCCCUCUCCUGGGGAAGGGGAUUCCUUUUCUCUUUAGAAGCACUUGCGUAUGAGAGCUGGCAUUUGGAAAUGUUAACAGUUGCAUUUCAAGUGUUUAUAUUUUUCUCAAGUCUGUUGGAAAUGCCUAAAACUGAAAGUUACUCUUUCAGCAAUAUUUGAGUUUCAUAUCCUCCCUCCGUUCCGGCUCUCCUCAAAACGUUUGCGUUCCCGAAGACUCUGGCUCUCACCCCUACCUUGGUAGUGUUUCUUGUAAGUUGACUUGUUGGUGUUUGUAGAAGCUCAUUUCAUGUUAAAUAAAUUAUAUACCCUUCUUACCAGACAAUAAAUCAAUAUUUAUGCUUACGGACACAUCUAAAGGGAAACAUUGUUUGAAAUGUUGCCAGAUGGUUUUGCUCGAUGUUUGUUUUAUUUUUUCCCUUGGUUA